AUGGAAUUUUACAAAAGAAAAUGCUUGAAAGAUUUUCUUGAACGAACCAAGGUAAGCUUGGAAGUUUUUGUAGAAUUUAUAAGAAAAAAAGAAUCAAAAUUGCGAGCAUAUUAUGCUGAAAACAUUGCACUUUCUAGUCAUGAUUUUGUGAAAAUGAUUUUAGUAGAUGCUUCCUUCAUUUUUGAGGUACUAUUUGUGGGAUUUUUCGGAAAAAGGCCUGUCAAUGAUCGUGUAUAUAAUAAACCUUGGUUGUUAAUGGAUGUCAUGAAUGAUUUGUUUGUGCUUGAAAAUCAGCUUCCAUUUUUUAUUCUCGAGGAUUUGCUUUCUCUAGCGAAUAUAGAAAUUGACCAUGAGAGAGUUUCCAUGAUUAAGAUCACUCACAAAUUCUCUUGUGAAUAUUGGGAUAUCUGUAAAAUUGAGAAUUUGGAUGAGGAACAUUAUUCUAAGGUGGGACAUUUUGUCGAUUUUGUGCGAAUCCGAGCUCUACCUUCAAACCUAAACGUACGAAAGGAUUCUAAAUAUACAACUAUACCAAGUGUGACAGAACUACAUCAGGCUGGAGUGAGGUUUAAAUUGAGUUCAAGCACAAACUUAUUUGACAUAAGAUUCAACAAUGGAAUAUUGGAGAUUCCAAAGAUCAAAAUUGGAGCCCCCACGGAAUGUUUAUUGAGAAAUCUUUUGGCCUUUGAGCAAUGCAAUUGCCCUGCCAAUUUCAUAAACGACUAUGUUGUGCUUAUGAAUUUUCUUCUGAAGUCUUCCAAGGAUGUGGAUUUGCUUGUGAAAAAUGGGAUUAUUGUAAACUGGCAUAGGGAUAGUGAAGGGAUAUCGAUCCUUUUCCGGAACCUUGUGGAAUUGGCAUCGUUUCAUAUGUCUGGUUCUUAUUAUUUUUCUUCUAUUGCUGCAGAUCUUAAUAGUUACUGCGAAGCCUCUUGGCACAAGUGGAUGGCGACUUUGAGACAAGAUUAUUUCAAAACUCCAUGGAGUAUCAUUUCUUUUAUUGCUGCUGUAAUUCUCCUCCUGCUCACUUUCACACAAACCAUGUUUUCUAUCCCUAAGUAA